GCCUUGGUUGUACACAAUAAAAGGCUUGGUCAUCACAUCGAUGUGGACCAGUGGUGUACAAGGCUUUUUGUUGCCCGUCGCCAUCUUCUUACCAGUACUAGAUGCCAGUCGCGUUGUACUAUGCUUUGACUAUGCUUUGACGAUCAUUGUUCAGGACCUGGGUGGAGGUCCACCACUACGACAAAGUUCCACAUAGCUGUGGCCCUCGCCAAUCUUAUAAAUUACCAUCGGACUGGAGUUGUACCUAUCAUUGAAAACCAACAUACCCCCUCAGCCUAUCUAUCGACUCGUCCCCUCAUCUUUUAGCCAUGGCAACUGUUGAUGCUGAACUCAUGUCACAAAUGAACCAUCUCUAUGAACAUGCAGCAUCAUCGUUCGGAGGCGACAAGAGUCCAUACGCAGCUCUCUCCUGGCAGUCGAGCGCUGGCACGCCCGAUCGAUCCUUGAAUAUUUCUCCCUGCAGCAGCAAUACAACAUUGGUCGAUGACGAAACACAAGCUCACGGGCUCGAGUAUGACCAACUUAGUCAGGCAUCGGUUCAGGAAACUGUGCCAGGCGUCCACUCGUGUCGCAUUCAGGCGGCCCAACCCAUAAAUUCCGAGCUCAACCCGAACGCCACGACAUUUGUUCCCGACCGCUUUGUAGAGUACGGCUACUUUCCUCCACCUAUUCACACACCGGAGGCAUGGUUGCAUAUCCUUGAUAUCGGUAUGCUGACAUCCGAUCCCACCUUGCCACCUCUCCUGGUACGGUUGGGUCCAUGGUCAAUCGAUACAUUACGCGAUCUUGCACAACUUUUCUGCUGGGAAAUUUUAGCCAAAGCGAAUAUAGUGGAUUUUGGACUGGAGGCGGCGCUCUUUGCGCGAGACGUGCGUGAUACAUUGACGAUCCAUCACUCCGAGUGGCACUCUAGCUGCUUUGUGUCUCACUUGCAAAAGUACGCCUUAGAUCACUUCAAAUCAUUCUGGUGUUCUUUUGUGCGUAGUAUCGCAGUUCAUUCUGAUGGUACUCACCAUCGCACAGGAUAACCCGGAUGCUAUUUGCCAACGGAAUAGACUCGAAAGCAAACGGUGGAAUGUCGCGUUGGAUUUUUCUUGUUUCAUAGCGGACAUGUUCUCAUUUGGCCUCAUCGAAACACCAGUCAUGCACGAUUGUCUGGGGAUUCUGUUGCACGAGAUGGUUGGCGUGCAACACGUACGCGCCGUCCAAGCCAUGGUUAAACGCGCUGGACCGACGUUAUGGCAAUCAGCCGAUAGUCAUGAACGCCGCCAGGAAUUCACCACGCAGUUCGUGGAGCGCACUACAUCACUUCCAGAUAAUGCAAGCCUGACUAGACAAGAAGAAAGCAUCCGUAAGGUGAUAAAGGUGUGUGUGAUAUUGCUGAAUAGCUUUUGUGGAAUUAAAACACAUUGUUCACUGCACAGGCUGA